GGGCCCUGAAAGAAAACCACACCAUCCUCUUUCUCUCUCUAGUUAUUCAACUAUCACCAAAAACCUCUGAAAAUCAGAACGAGAAACAGUAUUAAAUGUAGAAAUAAAAAGAUGGGUUUUUGAUGUUGCAUCUGAUUCCAAACCAUGUGGGCAACAAAGGGUUUUCAAAGGCAUUGUAUGCGGUUCACUUCAGCUCUCAACAAUAGGAAUUUGUUAAGAGAUGCUUCAGAAUUGCGAGUGAACCCAUUUCACAGAUUGAGAUGGGCUAGUGAGGAGUUUGGGCAAUGGGGUUCUUCUUCUUCGACCUUCUCCUCUUCUUCUUCUACUUCUUGUUCCUAUUCUUCUGCUUCUUGUAAGAACUCCAUGAAUGGGUUUUCCAUGGGUUUUUCACAUGUUGUGAGUCGAUCAAUGUCGACAAAAGGGAGGAGUAUGAGGAGCAAAGUAGAGAAGAGAAUGAGGAGAGAGACUGGGAAGACCCUUCGAGAGAUAAGGCGGGCCAAGAAGCUAAGAAAGAAGCUCAUGUCUGAUGAGGAGAGGCUUAUUUAUAGUCUCAGAAGAGCCAAAAAGAAAGUGGCUUUGCUCCUACAAAAACUUAAGAAGUACGAGUUGCCGGAGCUACCAGCUCCUCGCCAUGAUCCUGAGCUAUUGACUCCUGAGCAACUUCAGGCUUACAAGAAGAUCGGGUUUAAGAAUAAGAAUUAUGUACCAGUAGGUGUUCGUGGAGUCUUUGGAGGUGUUGUCCAAAAUAUGCAUCUUCACUGGAAGUUUCAUGAGACUGUACAAGUAUGCUGUGAUAACUUCCCAAAGGAGAAAAUCAAGGAAAUGGCUACUAUGCUUGCAAGAUUAAGUGGUGGUAUUGUGAUCAAUAUACAUGGUGUGAAAACAAUUAUAAUGUUUCGUGGCAGGAAUUAUCGGCAACCGAAAAACCUGAUACCAAUCAACACCCUUACCAAACGAAAGGCACUAUUCAAAGCUAGAUUCGAGCAAGCGCUCGAUUCUCAGAAACAAAACAUCAAGAAAAUCGAGCAACAGCUUAGGCGCAUGGGCAUGAACCCUGAGGACCCCAUUGCCAUGGCCAGCGUCCAAAGAGUCGCCUCCACCUUCUUUCGUGCCAUUGAUGACAAGCAAGGGACACCUUAUGUCUUCCAUGGUGAUAACCAAACUAGCCCAAAACCCAUGGCUGAGUCCCCUGAAGCCUCAGAAGACCCUCUUCCAUCUGAUGAGGAUAGUGAUCAAGAGGAGCUCGAUAGAUUUAUUGCUGAGAUAGAAGAGGCAGCUGACCAGGAGUGGGAAAAGGAGGAGGCCGCAGAUAAGGAAGAGAUCGGAAGGAUUAGGUACUGGAACAGAGAACAAAUGGGGGGUAGAGAGGGAAGUGAGGAUUCAGACGAUGAUGGGGGUGGUCAUGGCAUGAGGAAUUGGCAUGAUAGCCAAGAUAGAGGGAGGAGGACCACUGACUUGAGGAGGUGGGAUGGUCGUAAGGAUCGUGUGGCUGAGGUUUCACCACGUGAUAGGUGGGAUUCUGGUGAUUCAGAGUCAGAGGAUGAGCUUGGUUUAAUGGAUGAUGGCAUGGACAAUGAUUCAGAUGCUAGUGAUGAUGUGGGUCCAUCAAGGAGCAUGAUCAAGGUACCUAAGGAUCAUAAACUUGAGAAUAGGGGUGUUCAUGAGAGAGGUGGUGGAGCUAGAUUUAGACAAAAGGUCAUUGUUGAAGAUGAUGAUGAUGGUAAUGACGGUGAUGAUGAUGGAGGGUUUGUCGGGAACAAGCAGGGGAAUGACCAAAAAUUUUGGGAGUCUGAGGGUGAGGAAGAGGAAGAUUUGAGAUUGCCUGGUUAUGAUUCUUGCAGUAGCAGUGGUGAGGAACUUGAGUACAAUAUGGUAAAGGAAGAGAGAGUUGAGAGAGAUGAUAACAGGGGUAAGGGUGGUAAACAUAACAUGACAUUGAAGCAAGUAGAUGAAGAUUGGGACAGUGAUUAGUGAGUAAUAUACUGUGGUCAACGUAGUUCACUAUUUAUUUUGAAAAAAAUUGUAUUUUUAUUCCCUUGAGAAAAUCAAGGAAAGUGUUGGCAGAGAAAAAUAUUGUCCACUGCAAUACUGCGAUAUUCAUGUGGUGUUGUAACAAUUGAGAACCAUUUGAUGAUUUGGAUUUAUAAAUUGGAAAAGAUCACUACAUAAUUUAUAAAGAAAAUAGCAUAUAUCCAUUAUGUAUACGGUU